AUGUCUCUCUGCGUCUCUCUCGCUCCAUCCGCGACACCGUUGUCUCGCAUCUCUCGCUUGCCACUUCGCCAAUCUUCGCCACGAUGGCGUCGACAGCUUGACUGCGGGCGGAACGCAACUCUUCAGCCAUCCGCAUGGUUCCGCCAGUCCCCGCACGGCACCAUCCCUCCCGUACCUCUCUCCCAUCGCUUCAUACCAGGUCCACCCACCACUGCCGCGCCCCAAGUGGUCGUGCGCAAGUCCGGCAGGAGCAGCAGCGCCAGUGAGGGGGGCGGGGCGGGGGGGGCAGGCUCGGAGGUGGAGGUGGUGGUGUGUGGGGGCACGCUGGGCGUGUUCGUGGCCGUCAGCCUGGCGCUGAGAGGCCACCGCGUGGCCAUUGUGGAGCGCGGCGCUCUGCGUGGGCGCGCGCAGGAGUGGAACGUGUCACGCAGGGAGGUGCAGGAGCUGGUGGCGAUGGGGGUGCUCACAGCAGACGAGGUGGACGACGCCAUCGCUGUCACCUUCAACCCUUGUCGCUGUGGCUUUGCAGGAGGGGAGGACAUGUGGGUGAGGGACAUCCUCAACCUCGGCAUCUCCCCAGCCAGGCUGAUAGAGGCGGCGAAGCAGCGCUUCCUCGCGCUGGGGGGGAUAUUGCUGGAGGGCGUGGCGCUCGCCUCCGUGCACGUCUAUGAUGACGCUGCUGUGCUCCGCUUUGCGGACCCAUCGGUGCCGCCCCUGAAAGCGCGGCUGGUGGUGGACGCCAUGGGGCAUGCCUCGCCCAUCGUGCGCCAGGCACGGUGGGGGCAGAAGCCGGAUGGUGUGUGUCUGGUGGUGGGCACGUGUGCGCGUGGCUUCCCCCCAGAGACCAACACUGUGGGGGACAUCAUCUUCACCACCUCGCCCACCAUCUCCCUCGCCCAAUCGCCGCUGCAGCUCUUCUGGGAGGCGUUCCCAUCAGGGUCGGGCCCCAGUGACCGCACGACGUACAUGUUCUCCUACAUGGACGCGCAGCCUGAGCGCCCGUCACUGGAGGCCAUGCUCGACCUCUACUGGCGGCUCAUGCCGCCCUACCAGGGCAUUGACUCCAUUGACUCAGUGGAGGUGCAGCGAGUGCUCUUCGGUUUCUUCCCCACCUUCCGUGACAGCCCUCUCCGCCCCGCCUUUGACCGUGUCAUCCAGGUGGGCGACGCCAGUGGCAUCCAGUCGCCGCUCUCCUUCGGUGGCUUUGGUGCCAUCACUCGCCACCUCGGCCGCAUCACUGAUGGCCUGGUGGAAGCUUUGAAUGCGGAUCUGCUCACACGAGAUGCACUUGCAAGCAUCAACCCAUACCAGCCGAACCUGAGUGGGGCGUGGCUGCUGCAGCGCGCCAUGUCAGCGCGGGUGGGGUCGACCCCUCCGCCUGACUUCAUCAACACCCUCCUCGCCACCAACUUCGCCUGCAUGCAGAAGCUGGGCGACCCUGUCGUGCGCCCCUUCCUGCAGGACGUGACACAGUUCGCCCCACUGGCCCUCACCAUGGGCUCCAUGGUUGUCACGCGCCCCUCGCUGCUGCCCACCAUCUUCCUGCAGGUGGGCCCCAUCCCCCUACUGGACUGGCUGCAGCACUUCAUCGCCCUCGCUGCCUUCUCUGCUCUGCACCACCUCGCCUCCGCCCUCUCCCUCAGCGAUGCCGUGGCCUCUCUGCCGCCCCGCCAGCGCUUCUUCUGGCGGCGCCGCCUGGAGGCCUGGCAGUUUGGGUCGGGCCUCGACUACCACCUCUAG